AUGAGCAAAAUGUCAAAACUAAUACUGACUAGAAGAUUCAACCAUACUACAAGUUACUCAAAGGAUUUAGCUCAAAUUGAAGCCUUCUUUAAUAAAAAAAGAUUUAAAAAUGUUAAAAGACCAUAUAAAUCAAUAGAUGUUUUAAAACAUAGAGGUUCAAUAAACUAUCUACAAGAAAAUGCCACUCCAGUAUCUUCAUUGAUUUCAAGAAAACUAUUCAAUUUAUUAGAGACUCAUUUUAAAGAGAGGAAACCAUUACAUACUUUAGGUGUCCUAGACCCAGUCCAAAUGUCACAAUUAGCAAGAUGUGAAAACAUAAAAGUUGCUUACGUCUCAGGUUGGGCUUGCUCUGCAAAUGCAAAUGAUAACGUUUCUCCAGAUUUUGGUGACUACCCUUAUGAUACUGUACCAAAUCAAGUCGGUAGAAUAUUUAAUGCUCAAUUAAUGCAUGACAAGAAAUUACAUUUACAAAAUUUCAACUCAGGUCGUAACAACAACAGCGAUAAAAUCGAUUACUUAAAACCAAUUAUUGCAGAUGCUGAUAUGGGCCAUGGUGGUAUUACUACCGUAAUGAAACUGGCAAAAUUAUUUGCUGAAAAGGGUGCAUCCGCAAUACAUCUGGAAGAUCAAUUAGUUGGAAGUAAAAAAUGUGGACAUUUGGGUGGUACUGUAGUAGUGCCAACAAGUACACAUUUACAAAGAAUAAUAGCAACAAGAUUCCAAUGGGAUUUAAUGGGUGCUGAAAAUUUAGUUAUUGCUAGAACUGAUUCUUGUAAUUCAAACUUAAUCAGUAGUGAUAUCGACGCUAGAGACCAUAAAUUUAUUAAAGGGAUCGCUGUAGAAAAUAAUGAUAUCAGGCCAGUAAGUGAGGUUCUUUUAGAAGAAGAAUUAAAACAAGAAAAGUAUGGCCACAGUACUUCAAGUGACAGUUUGAACUCUAUUGAACAAGAAUGGUACAAAGAAAAUAAAUUACUGACAUUUGAUGAAUAUAUGAUCCAAACCCUGACAGAUUCUGAGUAUACCAACCUCAUCAAAGAAAGAUCAGAACUGCUAAAGAAAUUAGGCAGACGUUACUUAAGUAUAUCUGAAAUGAAGCAAUUGGCAAAUAAAAUAUCUCCAAGAAAGAACCUAACAUUUAACUGGUAUUACCCAAGAACUAAAGAAGGUCAUUUCAUGUUCAAUGGCUGUUUAGAAGCGGCAAUAGAGAGAUCUUUAUUAUUUUCAUAUUAUUCAGAUUUAAUUUGGUUAGAGACUAAAACUCCAAAUCUAUUGCAAGCCAAAAAUUUUGCAAUGACCAUCCAUGAAAAGAAUCCAAACAUUAAAUUUGUCUAUAAUUUAUCUCCAAGCUUUAAUUGGGAAGCUCAAGGGUUUAACCAAGAAACAUUAAAAAGUUUCAUAUGGGAUUUAGCUAAACAUGGAUUUGUUCUGCAAUUAGUAUCAUUGGCGGGUUUACAUGCCAAUGGAUUAGGCACUUGGAAAUUAGCCAAAGAGUUCCAAUAUGAUGGUAUGAAGGCAUAUGUUAAUAACAUUCAAAAUGUAGAGAGACAAACGAAUAGUGAUAUGUUGACGCAUCAAAAAUGGUCAGGAAUUGAUUAUAUAGAAUCCAUCUCUAACGUAAUUCAAAAUGGGCAAUCUUCAAUGACGUCUAGUACUUCAGGUAGUGGAUUCACAGAAAAGCAUUUCUAA